GUGCCGUCCAGUGUGCAUUGGAAUGACUUGGAGAAGGCUGAUUGCAGCGGGAACGGUCAGGGAGUGGAAACCGAAACUGGAAGAAAUAUUUCGGGAAGCGGACCAAUUCGGAGCGGCGGUAGUUGGAGGAGUUGAACAAGUUGCGAUGGACGCACAACUGGUUCAUCAGACAGGUCAUUGGGUAGUCCAGACGGAUUGCUCAAAUGCCUUCAACACGGGCAAGCGCACCGCCAUAAUGGCCCAGGCCGCAAAGAGCGUCCCAGAUCUCGUGGGGUACAUCGCCAGGUGUUACGACGAAAUCCCGGCAAAGGCGAUAUACACGAUGGACUCCGGAGAGCGUCGGACGAUCGAGUGCAAGAGCGGUGUGCAGCAAGGAGAUGGAAUGGGACCGCCCCUGUUCUGCUUCAUCCUAGUCCCGAUCGUCUUGAAGCUUAGAGCCAAGUACGACCACCUCGGGGUAUGCUUGAAAGCUUAUAUGGACGACAUCAGCCUGCACUUCAAAAAUAUCACAGCGGAGAAUAUUCAGGUGAUACCGGACGUCGUCGACGAACUAGAAGCAGUGGGCAUCAUCGUCAACAGGGGGAAGAGCUCAGCGCUUCCCCCACCAGGGCACGACGUGACGCCAGCAGAAAGGAGGCUACUUGGCGAUGCAGGCCUACCGAUUGCGGAGGAGGGCAUCACAGUUGUGGGAGUCCCCAUUGGGACGGAUGCCUACGUCGAGGAUAUCGCAAUGAAAGUGAUAACUGAAGGGGGUGCAGACAAGCUUGCUCGCAUGCUGGUGCGCAUGCCAGACAAACAGGUGGCUCACCUCGUCACAUCACAAUCGCUGACACAGCGAUCCGGAUAUAUCGAGAGAGGCAUCAAUCAUAAGCUAGUGAAAGGGGCUUGUAAACGCCUGGACAAUAUGGUGAUGUGGGUCCUAGAGGCAACGAUGGGGCUCAGAGACACCGAAGUCGAAGAAGAGUUCUUCCAAGACGACUGCCAGCCUGACCGCUUCAAGUUAAAGCCCUAUCAACAAGCCCAGGCGCGCCUGUCGACAGGAGCCGGAGGACUAGGAUUACCAGCAGCCGUUAUGCGAAGGUUCUCAGCUUCUCUGGGCAACCUAGUCGGCACCCUUCCUGCGGUUAUAGCCGCGUUACGGGGUCCAUUGGGAGAGUCGGUGAGAGUUCCGAUACCGGGAACCGUGUUGGUGGAGCAGAUGGGGGACGCUAUCAAAGAACUCAACCAGGAGCAUGCAAUAUCGGUGGAGAUUCUGAAGGGGAUCCUUCCCCCGUCAUGGGUUGAGUGGGCCUUAGAACCGCCAGGAGAAACCGGAAGGCGUCAGCCCACCGUUGCAGAACUGGCAGCACACGAUGGGGAAUCUACUACGCCGAGGAAAGCCCAGCACAAACUGGGCAAGGCGAUUAACAAGAUACAACUUGAAAAGUUCAUGGAGUCUCUGGAGCACCUCCCUCAGGAAGGCGAGAUCAUCACAACGGUGCACGCAAGGACCUGUCGAAGGGAUGGAGCACAGGUCAACAUGCACGAGCCGUUAAAAUACGCACUAUCGAGAGCACUCAACGGCCUUUGCGUCAAACACGACGUUGAAAGCGGGGCACCGUUCACGGGGGAAAGAAACCUGAGCAUGGACAUCGUCAUCAGGCCAGGAGCCCUCACGAACGCAUCUUCUCCGGGGUACCGCAACGAAGGAAUACUCCUCGAUGUCACACACGCAGACCCGCAAGCACAGGUACACUUGCGGAACGGCAGCGCGACCAGCGAUGGAAUCGCAGCCCAAGCAUCCGAGGCGCGAAAGCGUCAGCACUACGCUCGUCCGGGACACGUGUCCUUUGACGAACGCAGCUUUAAACUUACCACCUUAGCCGUGGAAAGCUUUGGCCGCCUUGGAGAGGAGGGUUACGAGUUCAUCGAUGAACUUGCGACACAUGCCGUGGGAGGAAGGGACGGAGGAACGAUGGCUCUGAAAGGAGUCUUCAAGGAACGACUUCUUCAGAUCGUUUCGGUGGCUACACAGGUGGCCAUAUCUCGGCGAGUGCAGAGGUACAAGCUCGCAUUGCGCGGGCGUCAAGACGCCGAAAACAGGCGAACAAGAUCGACCUCGGACCAGUCAACGCCAAUGAUAUGGGGAUGGAGUGUAGACGCAUCGUAGAACGCGUUUUCGUUUGAAGUUGGCGUCUUGUUUGAGAGUAGAUGUGACAGAUUUGCGUAGAAUAGGGUAAGAUGUUAUCAUGAACGGAGAUGAAAGGGCUUUUCCAACACGGAGAUGUAGCAUGGAUCAAAGCAUUUGUUGGAUUUCAGCUUUUACAAGCGGACAUCAACGCAGUAGUAUUUUAGCAAGCUUACGAACGCAUAUAGGAUACCAUCAGGAUUGUCAUUGGUUUUGUUUCAAGUUGAAGAGGAGAUACUUUUACGAUGUAAAUGACAGUAGAAAUAAGUCCUACAUAUGUUGUUGUACUUCGUAUUGGUUUAAUAUUCAUGUAGAGUAUGAGACACUAAGUGAAAGUUUUCUGAGGUACAUCUGCAAUUGUCGGAAGGCAAAAAUA